AUGCCUAAAAACGGACUGAUGGUCGCCGAGGAGGCCAACAAACACGUCACGUCGGUGCGCUGUAGCUUCUGUGCCUUAUGCAUCCGAACUAAUGUCAAAGCUGGUGACGAGCACGCAGGCGAAAAGCGCAAGCGCAACUCUUGCAAAGACACCAAGUACUGGACGAAGUUCGUGCCGCAGAACUACCGCAGUCGCCAUGAGUCCCAGCGUACGGAUCUAUGGACAGAGUACACCGCACUGUACAAAGAGGAGAAUAGCGUGUAUUUUGAUGGCAAGGCGAAUCGCGCUAACAGUCUACACCGGCGCUUUGACUUCACUCCCGACUUGCCGGCGUUCCGCGUGUCGGCGCCCAUUGUCGACGUCAUCAUCGCCGACCUGUUUUUCCGGCCCAACAAGGUGCUCGACGACGAGAGAUGA